UAUAACUUCAGACGAAAGCGAGGAACGGCACUGGGAUCCAUCCAUUCCACACCGUCACGCCAGGGAAAGGAAACCAACGUUUAAUUUACAACCCAGAUUCAACGUCCCGUCAAGUGUUGUAGCCAGCUCGGUUGGGACAUUCAGUUCCACGCCUAAGUAAAGCCCAAUGUACUAUACAGUAAGUAUAUCACGUGAACACUUCUUCUGCAGCACUUUGCGAAUAUCUUCAACCCCCAACCCCAAACCCAACCAUCCUUUCCCUUUCAACCUCGCUACAACCGCACCUCCCACCUCCCAACACCCAAACUCCGUUUUCUUGGAAAAAGCUCAAGCACAACCCAUACCCUCCCUCCCUCUUGUACAACAAACAACACCCCCACCCCCACAAAAUCCCCCCUCCUCCCAUUACAAAAAAAAAAACUCAAAGAUCGUGCAUGCAUGCAAGGCUUUGCCAACCCGCCCAGAUUGGGUGCACAGAUACACGACAUGCUGCAUCCGCUCUACUCUGUUCCCCAGCCUCAGUUCCCUUCCCCGCGGUAGCCAGGAGAUGUGACAUGUACUGUUCUCUUCUCUUCGUCUCGUUGUUUGUCCAACCAGUCCCGUCCCAUCCGUUCUUCCGUCUGUCCGCCUGUACC